UUUUUCUGUGUCAGUGAGUUUCCUGCAAAGAGAAACCAGACACCUGAGGCAACAAGUGGACGAUGUUCUCAGCGUCUGAUGAGUUUUCUUUCAGCAGGUGUGUCCCCCCCCUCCCCCCCUCGUUCAGGGGGGUUUCUCUCUCUCUCUCGACAGAAGGAGAAAAGAGGCCAAGCGAGGACAGGAGAGAGGAGUGAAGAGGAGAGGACUCGGCUUCCUUCCCUCGGUGUGGUUUCCUGUUUGUAGGUGGGAGGAUGUUGAGACGGUUGCAGCAGCGUUCACACAGCGCUGCAGCUUUUUAACACCCGGCGACGCUCUGAGGCGUCACAGCCGACGUCUCCUGAUUGGUUCGAGGUGUUUGUGUGAAACACUCUUUCUCUCUCUGACAUUUUGCUGCGAGCUUCUCUCCCAGUUUCCACCACCAGUUGCAGUGGAGGGCAGUUUGAUCAGCCCACACACGUCGCUCACCGCGACUGAGGUGCAAACUUUGAUGGUAUCUGGUUGGUUAGUGAGUCACCUGGUUAGUGAGUGAACCUCUGCAGACACCUGUCACACACUCACACUCACACUGAUGAUCUGUGCUGAGUUCAGACGUUAAAGCGUCUUGUGAUAUUUUACAGGCUGCACCUCCGUCUGUUUGGACCUGAGCUGACGGCCCGUCGCCACCUCGCUGUGGCGGGAGAUGAAACCAGAGCAGCUCAGGAGGUGAUUGGGUGCAGCGGCGGCAGAGGAGGAGAGUCAGUGACAAAAAAAGGGGGAGGGAGGAAGGAGCGAAGUAGGUCGGUGGAGGUGCAGCUCAGCUCAUCAGGGGAGGAAAGGCGGGCGAGACAGAGAGAGAGAGAAGAAGCCUUCAGACAUGGCGGAUGUUUGGUUACAGUAGUCGCCUCAUGUGGACCAGAUACCGAGGAGGACACGACACCAGCCGCAGGCCCCCCCGAGACUUCACCCGUCCUCCCUCCUCCGUCCAACUGAUCCUCCGACCGACCGUCUGUCCUCAGGUGUAGGUGAACCAUGGAGGCCUCCUGGUUUCUCGUGGCUCUGUCGGCCACCGUCGUCAUCUCCAUCGUCCUCCUGGCCGUCGUCUGUCUGGACUGCUGGAAGAAAGGCCCAGAGUCCGUCAUCAGGGAAAGAAACGCUUCUGACGAAUACAUACCACCCAAUCAAUUCAGAGUCAUCCAUCCAUCGCAGCCAACCAGUGAACUGAACUCCUCCCGCUCUGCUCCUCACCUGCUGUCACCAUCGAGAAUCAUGUCAUCUUCAGAUCCUGGAACUCAGCGGAGACAACGAUCCUUCACCCCAACAGAAACCGAGAGUAAUCCAAGUUAUGAGAAUCCACCCGAAGAUCCUCCAUAUGUGAACCCAGACCCUAACCAUCCUGACAGUGAUGUAGAAGAUCCUGGAUACAUCAUCGUGAUACCCGACAAUGAGGCUCUUGCUCCAUCUCUUGCUCAGAGCCGAGCCUCAUCACCCAGUUCAGAUGAUCAACACGAUUAUGAGAACAUAAAUAAAGAGAUGGAACAAAAAGGGAAACGAAACGUGGAACAAGACGAUGAACAAGAUGAUGAACAAGACGAUGAACAAGACUAUCUGAAUGUUCCACAGAGAAGUUCCCUAACAGCACCUCCAGGGUCGUUUGUUCAAAGCGACACAGAUGAUACCGACAACGACGAUGAUUACGAGGCGAGUUACGUCAACCAGCCACCGAUGAUUCACAGCCUCAACUGAGAACAAAGGGACACAGACUGACAUGAUGGAGACAAGCGAUCGACCUCUGACUGCCUGACCACAGUGAGCUGAACUUUUCAGCCGCCAUCUCCAUUGUUCUUUCUCCACCUUUGCCCCAUACUGAUGUUUAAAGAGCUGAAUGACUGAGAAGAGAAACUGAGGAUGAGAAAUGACUCUGUGAAGAACUGAAACUCCUUUUUCUCAGUUCCCAAAGGUUCAUGUGAAGGAAAAAGUCCUGCCCAGGUUGAGUUUGUCUGUUGUGUGAUCUGUGGGGGUAAAAACCAUCAUUCUGCCCCUGGGUGUUUUCAGUUUUAUCAGGACUUUUAAAGCAAAAUACUGAUCGAAGAUACCAACCAGAAGCCAGAGCCAGAAAGAUUAUUUAUAGAAAUAAAACUGCCUGGUUCCUGCUCCACAGUUAGCUAUGGACAGACUUAACACCUCUUUAACGAAUCAAAUGUGAAGAACCAAACAAUGAAUGUCUCCUACUAACAACUAUUAUUGAUCAACACAUUAGUGAGCCAUAUUAUUAGCCACAUUGUUCCUAAUAAACUGCCAACUGAGUGUA